CCGGCAGCCUGGCGAACGAAACAUGGCUGCGCUACCGCGGCGUCUCUUCCUGGCGCUGCAGCUCCUCGCUCUGCUCCUUUGCGCCCAGCCGCCCUCGAGCCAGGCCCGCCGGGAGCUGGACCGGCGUUUCGCCGAGUUCAAGCGCUGCGCCGACCCCGAAUGCAGCAUGUUAAUGUGUCGAGGAAAAGCAGUGAAAGACUUUCAAGGUCCAGAUUGUCGCUUUGUAGAUUUCAAAGAAGGUGAAUCAGUGUAUGUUUAUUAUAAAUUAGCAGGAAGAACCAACGAGCUUUGGGCUGGAAGUGUUGGAAGUGAAUUUGGAUAUUUUCCAAAGGAUUUACUUGAAAUAAACCAUAUUUAUACCCAUGAUGAGCUAGAAUUACCAACAGAUGAAACAGAUUUUGUUUGUUUUGAUGGAGGCAAAGAUGAUUUUGAUAAUUAUAAUGUGGAUGAACUUUUAAAAUUGUCAGAGGACAUUGUAGCUAAUGAUGCUGAAGCUGAGCUAGAAAUUGAAAAGGAAGAGGAAACUAAGGGGUCUGAUCCUGCGGAAUCUGUUGAUCCACAGAUGGAUGAUCUCGAAGUGGGCUCAGAAGAAAGCAGUGAAGACCAUGUCAGAGUGGAUGAACUGGACAAUUUUCUUUUUGAAAAGGAUGAUAAUGUAGAAGGAGCUCUUGAUUCCAAGAGUGAGGACCUCGCUGUAAAUAGGGAUACAGACAAUCCUCAGGGAGACCAAAGUCAGCCUUUGGAAGAAAUGCAUCAAACUUUAAAAGUGCCAGAACAUGAAAGUGCCAAAAACUCUAGUAUUUCUCAGGGUGAAGCUAAACAAUCAGAUUAUAGAGACAAAGAUGAAGGUGCUUUUACACUUAUACAGCAGGAAGUAUCAGAGAAGCUCAAAACAAAAUUUGGCUCAACUGCAGAUGUUCUUGUGUCCGAUGAUGAGACAACUAGCCUUGUUUCAUCACUUGAUGGUGAUCUCAUGGAAGAUGUGGAUAUUGACUCUUAUGAUCCAGAAAGGCUGAGAGAACCUAAGGAGCAAUUGGAAGAAAUUCCUUUGCUAUCUUUUGCAGAAAAAGAAAUUAUAUCUUCUGAUGGCCCAAAGGCUGAUAAGAUGUUAUCAGAGGGUAUCCAUGAGUCAGAAAUGAGUGAUCUUGAUGUCACUGGGGAAGGUGUCACAAAAUCUGUUGAUGAGAAAAAAGAGGACUCUGGUUUAUUAACAAAUUUAGGGGAUACAAUUUUUGCAAUUGUCAGUGGAGGUGAAAGAACAGCUGAUGAAACUAAUGGGGACAGGGUUGAUUUAGAGGAGGAGGAGGAGGAGGAGGAGGAAGUAGUCCUAAUCAGCAAAAAAGAAAAUGUUUUGAUUCAUUCAGAGGAGGCGUCAUCAAAAAAUGAUCUCCCAACAUCAGAACAUGAUCAUAUUACAAAGAAAAUACAAAAUGGAGAUGUCAAAAAUCCUAAAGAAAGAAGGUAUAAAACUGAGGACUACAAGGAAGAGUAUUCAAAAAGAGAGAGAGAAAUUGGUACACAAAAACAGUUGCAAAGCACAUCUAUGCAUAAUUUUGGUGCCUUUUCUAAUUACAGAGAUGGCCUGGAAUCUAAAGCACCUAUGGAAACAAAGGAAGAAAGUCUAAAACCACCUAUAGGUGACAUCAAAGAUGAUCCAGAAGGGCUCUCUCUUCAUAAAAUAAUACAAGAUGAAGAAAGGGUAGAGGAAACCAUUUUGGAGGAUGGCUUAGAAAAUGAUACAAUACAUAAAAUACCAUGGGAAGAAUUAGAUGAAAAAGAUGAUGUGAAUGAAGAGUCUAUGAACAUAGCACCAGAGGCUAUGGAAGAACUAACAAAUGAGCAUCAAAAUGAUCUGGAUGAAACUAAUCUUUUCUCAAGUAAAACAAAGCAUGAGGCACAUCAAAGUGAAGAAGAUUUUGAACAAACAGAGAUAUUCAGUAAGGAGAAGCAAACAAAUGCCUCUGCUGUGGAAAACAUUUCCACUAAAGGAAAUGCUGAAGUUAAUAUCAAACAAUCCAAACAGGACACUGAAAACCAAUAUUUAGAUGCCCAUGAGAGUCUUAUGAGAAGUACUGAGAAGCAAACACUAGAGGAAAGAGCUGUUAUAGAAAAAUCCAUGAGCCUCACACAGCAUGGAAACCUUACUCAUCAAAACAUUGUUCAUAAGGAAGCUGAACACAUGGACGAAGGUAUUGGUGCAAAUCCAGGCAGAGAGAAAUCGCCCAUAGCAGAAUUCCAGUCUGUGGAGAGUGAAGUUCAAGAAGACAACAUAGAAGAAUCGGAAGAGGAACUACUACAGGAUGAGAAUGCUGUUAGCGCAAAACUAUCUAAAGAGAGACUUGCAGAUGAGCAAAGUUUUACAUUAGGUAUCCAAAGUGCCAGCCCUCCAGUGGAAAUGCCAAAUGAUGCUAUUUCAAGAGCUGCUAAUCCUGUUGAUGAAACGGGAGAAGAAGCAAUGACAACACUUGAGCAGGACAGAAAGGAAGGCAGCAUGCACCAUUUGAAUGAAGAGUAUGAAAGCAUGCAAUUAAACAAAGUUUCUCAAAUGACUGAGAUGAUAGAAGGCAAAAAGGAGGAGCAGGAAGAGCUGAAGCUACCAGAAUUACCCGAUGCAGAAAAUUCUGUGGUUGAAGAAAAAAAUCUCUUCCAGGACAAAAUGUCAAGCAAUUUAAAUAUUUCUAAAGUAAAAGACGACAAGGAUGACUUUAAUGAAACAGAGGAGCAUCUCAGUGAAGAUUCUUUACAGAAAAAAUUUACAGACAAAGACCAGCAUUCCUAUCAUCCCUCCAGGCCUAGGAGUGUUUCAGAAAACAAAAAGGAAGCUGUAGAACCAGAAUACAGUGAGUCUGUGAGAGAACUCACUAUAAUGAAGGCAUUUCUUGAUGAAAAACAUAUCGCACGCUUACAAAAAUAUCUUGGACAGCAACAUGUUUUCAUGAUAGAAUCCUUGUUUCAUGACAUGGAGUUGGAAUUAAUGGUUGCUCAGAAACAGAACAAAAACCAUGAAGACAUUGAAAACGCUUUGGACCAGAUCCUUGAAUCUUCAGAAUAUAACAUUCUGGGUGUUGUGGACAAAAUUUUAGAUUCAAGAGCGCUAGAAAACAAAGAAGAAGUUGUGAGAGAAAUUGAUUUGUUUGAUGAAGAAGCUGCCCUAUUGGAUGAUAUUCAGGAACUAAUGUAUUCACUAAGACACAAAUACUCUCCCAUUAGUGAGAGUGCUCCACUUGCAUCCCCUCUAGAAUCAGAGAUGGAUUCUAAUGUACUUAUUACAGCUAAUGCAGAACAGACUGGCGGUGACAGGUAUGCCAUAGACAGCCCAGCAGAGAAGACAGAUCAAAAGCUCCCACUACAUACAGAGCAGAUGUCAAAAGAGCAGGCCAUUAUUCAGAUGGAUGAAGCAAAAGAUGUGAAUGUUUUGGCAAAUGCUGGAACUGUGGAUGAAAAAGAAAGCAAGGACAGUUUUGACAGUGAGAAGAAAUUGCCCCAUGUGGAUACAGCUCCUGAACCAGUUGAUUCUAGGACAAACACAGAUGAUUUUAUUACAGGUACAUCUAACGCUAAAGAUAAUACCAUGGAAGAGGACAGUAAUCCAUCAGAACCAGACACUGCUGCUCCACAAAUUCUUGCUGCCUUGGGUGCUGCAGUCCUUUUAGCCAAAGAAAAUAUGCGACCCGUCACAGAGAUUCUGGUUUCAACACUGCCUGAAGACAUGCAGCCUGGACCUGAUUUCCAUGGACUUCCUUGGGAGCCAGUUGUCUUAACUGCCUUGGUUGGAAUUGCUACAGUUGCCAUUUUUUUCUGGAGAACCUGCUUAUCUGUAAAAAGUAGAAUGUAUCAAGUGACAGAAAAUCAGCUUGUUGAAAAAAUUAAAAUUCUCAUAAAAGAAAAGGCAGAAAUCUUAGAAAAGAUGUCACAAUUUGAUCAAAAGAUAAAGGAAGCAAAGGAAUCUAUGAAAGAGACCCAGAAACAGAAUACACAUCUCUCUGAUGAAGCUGCAGGGCUUAAGGACACAGUGAAGAAGCUUAAAGAAACAAACAGUUUUUUAGAUGAUAAAGUGAGAAACUUACACACCAUGUUAGAAAUGGAGAAAGAGGAGAACUUGAAGAAACAAGAACAAAUCACAGAAACCCAAAAGUCUUUGGAGAGACUCCAAGAAGUCAUCGUAUUGCAUUCUGUAGAGCUUUCUGAGGUGCAGAGCGCUCUCAGUGAAGCUAAACUAAGUGAAGAAAAGGUGAAGUCUGAGUUGCAUCGUGUGCAAGAAGAGAAUGCAAGACUAAAAAAGAGCAAGGAACAGCUGCUUCAAGAAGCAGAAGGUUGGAAUGAGAGGCAUGCUGAGCUCAGUGAGCAGAUCAAAAUGUAUCAGAAGUCUCAAAAAGACACUGAAGAAGCACUUGCCUACAAGGAAAAUGAAAUUGAAGUUUUGACUAACUGCAUUAUGCAGCUGAAACAGCUUGAUGUGGAUUCUGAGCCUGGUGGGAAGCAGGAUGAAGGAAAUGAUUUGGCUAAUGGAGGGCUCACAGAUACCAGGAAUGAAAAGAUGAAAAAUCAGAUUAAGCAGAUGAUGGAUGUUUCACGGGUAAAAACAACAUUAUCAAUCAUUGAAGAAGACAGAGAUCUCUUACAGUCCAAACUAAAUGAUGAAAUAGUAGCAAGGCAUGAAUUAGAAGAGCAAAUCAAGAAGCUGGAACACGAUUCCUGUUCCUUGCAGACAGCAAAAUCUCAGCUAGAAAGUACAUGUAAAACCCUACAACAGAAAGUGGAGAUUCUCAAUGAGCUUUACCAGCAGAAGGAGAUGGCACUUCAAAAGAAGUUGACACAAGAAGAAUAUGAGCGACAGGAGAAGGAGCAGAAGCUCUCUGCUGCAGAUGAAAAAGCAGUCCUGGCUGUUGAAGAAGUGAAAGUUUACAAGCAAAGAAUUCAGGAAAUGGAGGAAGAAUUGCAAAAAACAGAACGAUCGUACAAAAAUCAGAUUGCUAGUCAUGAGAAAAAGGCCCAUGACAACUGGCUCAUAGCACGUUCUGCAGAGAGAACAUUAGCUGAAGAGAAAAGGGAAGCUGCCAACCUGAGACAAAAGUUAAUAGAGGUAAAUCAAAAAAUAGCUAAUCUUCAGAGACCAUUAAUUGUGAAACCAACACCAGGUCGACCAGACCCCCAAGUCCCUCCGCGCAGAGGUCCAUUGAGUCGUGAUGGAUCCUUUGGACCUUCACCUGUGAGUGGGGGAGCUCCUUCCCCACCACUAAUGAUGGAACCUCCUGUGCGGCCCCUUUCUGCCAAUCCAAGGGAAGGGUCUAGAGGUGAACUUGGUUCUGCUAUGCCUGAUGGCCCUCCAGUCCCAAGAAGGCAUUCUGAGCUGUCAGGAAGAAUAUCUGCUCCAGAUCUUGGUCUUGCUGUAGGAUCCCAAAUCAACUGUGGGCCAAGAACAUCCUCUCCGUCUUCUGCUGUACUGGAUGGAAUGCAAAAUCCUCCCAAAGAGCGUGAAGCCCCCUGUGCUGAUUCUGUUCCACCUUCAUCUGCUGAAUCAACUGUAGUUAAUAUAAGCUCUAAAGGACCACCAUCUUUUACUGGUCCUCCCAUAAUGACAUCUCCAGCAACUGUACCUAUGCCACCUCCUGUUCGAUUUGGACCUCCCCCUCGAGCACCUUAUGGACCCCGUCCUAUUCCUAUCUCUAUAGUGCGUGGUGCUCCUCCUCCACCCAUUCCUAGAGAUUAUCCACCUGGUCCUCCCUUUGGAAUGAGAGACUUUCCACCUGGCCCACUGCCACCUCCAGAGCACAGAGGAUAUCUCCGUGGGCCUCCUCCUUUCCGACCUCCAACCCCCAGAGAUUAUUAUCCUCCACGGCUACCCCCUCAAGGAUUAAGGGACUAUCCCCCUCCUCCAGUCAGAGACUUACCGCCUUCAGGACCCAGUAGCUACCAAGGAGGUCCUCCAUGUCCACCGUCCCCAGCUAGCUCACAGGACUCAGCACAUCAUCCAGAACAGAAACCAUGACUUGAGAUCUCUGGACUGAACUCUACCACGUUUCAUGUGGUGAGGAUUUCAAUGGCUUAGCACAACCAACUCUGUUUUCCUCUUUUAGAUUUGGUUUCAAAGUAGCUUUUUUUUAAAAUGCAAGAAUAAGUUGUCUCCAAUUACUAGCCUUGUGCAUUUUGAUCAUCUUUAAUGAGGACUUGCCCAUCCUCCUGGGCAAGUAUAAUUUUUUCUGUGAUGAACCUGAAGUCUGCUUCUUAUAGCUGUGGUCAGUUCACAGCUCUCAACGUGCAAUAUAUGAAAAGUACCUGUGUAGUUAGUUUUUAAUUAAUGUAGCCUAUGUAACAAAUUGGUGGGUGAUUUCAUAAUUCAAAAUAUAAUCUGAACAUUUCCUGUGGAAAUACCUAUGUAAGAAAUGCUACCCCUUCAACUAUAGCCUACAGUGACUGUAGACCAGUGGUUUACAUAAGGAUUCUAACUCAGACUUUUUAAAAACAUCUGGUGUAAAAGACCAGAGGCUCAAACUACACUGUAUUGGAAGGACAAUUCUAUUAAUAAAGAGAGCGAGAUCA